UUGCAGGAAAGGGAAGGUCCCUAGGAGAGAAGACACUGGUAGCCUGCUGGGAAUAAAGGCUUGACCUGGCUGCUACUGCUUAGUGAACAGAAUGCAGAUUCCAGCAGGAAGCCCUGAAGCACGAAGGGCUGAGAGAAUCAGAAACUAUGGGCAUGAUCCUGACAGGCAAAAUUUCUUCUGAAGUUAAUGUGAAGAUGACUGACUUCUGUGGUACUUGUGCAUGGCUGGUCGGACCCGAACUGGAAAGAUUCUUCCACUACUUUUUUGACUGGGAAUUCAGCUCUGCACUUCACGUAAAUGGAGCCAGAAUCACUGAUCUACCAGAAACUGGGACUUACUGCUGUGUGCAAAGCCUGAUUUGAAGAAGGAACAAUCUGAAGUCUUAUGAGAGAGCCCAUUUUCACAGGAUUAAGAGCCCAGUUUUAAAAAUACACAAUUGGAAUAUGAUGAACAAGUGAAUCUAAGAGAAGUUGGUUCUGGGUGGGCCCAGAUGAUAAGGGGUAAAGCCCUGUCCCACCUUUCACUGGAGGCUUUCAGAAGAGAAGAGACACAACUUGGACCGGAAGAUCUAUCAGGUUCCCAGGGUUGAGAGGCUGGGACCAUUGAGAGAAGGAGGUUCAGAAGAUCUCUGCUGGAAACACACCUUGUGAAACCCUUCCUCACUGGGGAAGGAAAUGUCUAAGCGAGCCAGCCAGUCUGCUCAGCUUUGGCAGAUGAGCUCUGCCUUUGGAUCCAUCCCAGUCUCUCAGGAGAGCUGAUUCUUCCCUAAACCUCUCUCCACUCCUGGAGGGAGGGGGCUCAGGUUGUGCUGUGCACGUCUGCCAUGGAGCAGAGCAGCCCGCUCCCCGUGUGCCCCAGCUGGCAGGGCCGGGCUACAGGCCAGAUCCCCCGAGACUGCGGCAGCAGCUGCUGCUGUGGGUUUGUCUAUUGCAUUUUCGGUGGCUAGUAGCCCAGGCAGGGCAGGUCUGCUGGCUCCCGGGCGGCACGUGACGCUGGAGCAAUGAGCUGCAUUGCUCGGUACCUGCAGGCAGCUGGGCAGCUCCUCCCUACGAACCAGUCAGCAGGGCAGGAGGGGAGCUGGCAGCCAGCUCCCUGCUGCGGCCGGGAGUCGCGGGGCGGGGCGGGGCUCCGAGCUCCCCCGCGGGAGGCAGAGGGCGCUUGGCCGGGCCGGGGCGGGGAAGGAAGGAAGGAGCAGGCUUUGCCGGGCUUGGGAGCGCGGAAGCAGCAUGGCUUUUGGGAAGAGCCAGAAAGAUCCCUUCGGCACAGCCGUGGGGUACCUGAUAGAGAGAGCAACGGUCGGUGUGCUGCCCGCUGAGGAGUGGGGUCAGUUUAUGCACAUCUGUGACAUUAUUAACACAACGGAUGAGGGGCCUAAAGAUGCAGUAAAAGCACUAAAGAAAAGGAUCUCCAAAAACUGUAACCAUAAGGAGAUUAGAUUCACCUUGUCUCUUCUCGACAUGUGCAUGAAAAACUGUGGCCCCAGCUUCCAGUCUUUAGUUGUGAAGAAAGACUUCUGCAAGAACAAGCUGGUGAAACUGCUGCAGCCAAGAUACAAUCUGCCAGCUGAUACACAGGACAAAAUCUUGGCCUUUAUCAGGACCUGGGCCUAUGGGUUCCAAGGAACCGUGGAUGUGAGUGAAGUGAAGGAAGUGUACCUGGAACUGCUAAAGAAAGGCGUGCAGUUUCCAUCCUCUGAUGCCAACCCAGAGACACACAAGCAGCGAGCUUCGUCUUGGCCCUCUGAAAAGGCACCACCUCCUUUUGCUGCCUCUGUGAAAAGUACUCCAGUACCUCGUCCCCCAGCUCCAACAAUUACAUUGACUCCUGAACAGAUUGGGAAGCUGUACAGUGAACUGGAUAUGGCGAAAAUGAAUACGAAAGUCAUGUCAGCGAUAUUAACGGAAAAUGUUCCUGGGUCUGAGAAUCUUGACGAUAUGGAGCUCUUACAGAAACUGUACAAGAUAUGUCGAGUGAUGCAGGAGAGGAUUGUGGAACUGCUGGUGGCAGUGCAGAAUGAAGAUGUGAUAGCUGAAUUAAUACAAGUGAAUGAAGAUCUGAAUAACGUCCUCCUGGGCCACGAAAGGUUUUCUCGGAACAGAGUGCGUUUCUUGGAGAAUCAGCGAAUCCAGCGUGAGCAAGCAGAGAUCUAUAGCAAACAACCAUCUGCUCCGUCAUGUGAUCUACUUGACGUCAAUUCAAGUUCUUCAAUUCCUGUGCCAGCAUUGGGGGGAACUGGCACCGAGACGCCUCAGUUUUCAGAAUUAAAUUGCAGAUCUACAAGUGCUGCAGAUCCAAGCAUCCACCAUCCUUUGCUCUACCCUCAGCUUGAUUUACUAGCUAUAGCAAAUGCUCAACAGCCCUCGUUUGCAACUGAAGCACAAAGCAAAAGCCAAAGCAUCCCUGAUGGUCAUCUCUAUACCAACCUUGCCACGGUUUUAAACCCAGUGUCUUUGCAGACCGUAAACCUCCAACCUGUUAAUGCCUCAUCACUGAAUGAGACAACACCAGGUGCAUCACCAGCAGACGUAUCAAAGAGCAGUUCACAGACACCUCAUUAUUAUGAGAUAAUGGAAUUUGAUCCUUUAGCACCAAGCUACAGCACAGAAGCUAUUUAUGAAGAAAUUGAUGAUUAUAUCUCCAAAUCAGAAGUUAAAAAGCAUACAGAUUGCUAAGAGUGGAAGGUGAACUCUCUUAAUGAACACAAAAGUUAUUCUCUGAUGCCAACACUAGACUGCUUUCUAUAACUGACGAGUGAAUACAAGGAGAAGUCUUGUUUGCUAUUUUGAACAUAGCAACAAAUAAGCAUUGGGGUCUUAUGGGUUACCCACUUCCAUGUGUUAUGUUUGGAUCUGCUUUCAAUUCUGAUCGACACUUUUUAUAUAAGUGAAGUAAGGCCCCCAAGUCUGCACACACUUAUUUUUCAAGGGGACUAUUAUUGUAUGUAUUUUUUGCAGGACUGGGGCCUGGAACAGUUUUGUGUGUUUGCAGAAUUGGGGCCUGAAACAAAAUUCUCUACAGAAUAAUGCACUCUGACGCUAACUGAAGCAGAACACAAGCAGUCUUCAAUUACAGAGGAAAUCUUUGCUUCAAAAUUAACUAACAUGCUGAACUGCUUUGUUCUUUAUGUAGCAAACAAAAUUAAACUACUAUUCAUCUACAGGAACUGAAAAACUCAAUCUGUUUUUUAGCAUUAGUACUCUUAGUUGGGCAACUCAUGUGAGUGACACCAUCCAAAAACCUAGGAGAAGUUCUGUAUCUAGGAUUCUCCUAUAUUAGAUCUAUCGACUGUUGUGUGAAUAUACUCACUGUGGAACCCUUUUGCCUUUAUAUUUUGACUGCAGAUGUUACUUCAUUCUAAACCUGAUUGAAGUGUCUAUUGUAAAACAAAGGAGGAAAAAACACACCUACAUUUUACACAAGCUUUUGUUCAAUGUACAAGUUAAUGGGUUUUGCCUUAAUAAGGACCCGCUCUGAGUUGGAGCCUGAGCUCUUUCUUCCGGGCUUGUCAGACUAGAAAGUUGUUGUUUUUUAAACCUCUCUGCUUACUUGUAUCACACCACAUCCUCACUUUUAAUGUUAAUGUGCCUCUUUAAGAACUGGAUAUGAACCAAUCAAAACUUUCCUAAGUGUUGUUUUUAUUUUUCAGUUUUUAAUCCUGUAAGGAAAAAAAAAUACACCUCUACCCUGAUAUAACGUGACCCGAUAUAACACGAAUUCGGAUAUAACGUGGUAAAGCAGCACUCUGGGGCGGGGCUGCGCACUGAGGCAGAUCAAACCAAGUUUGAUAUAACGUGGUUUCACCUAUAACAUGGUAAGAUUUUUUGGCUGCCGAGGACAGCAUUAUAUCGAGGUAGAGGUGUAUCUGUAGUGAUGGAAAAAGAGCAAUAUGGAAAAGUUACUUUGGUUAUCAAAUUAUUUUAAAUAAGUACCUUGAGCAUUAAAAUGUGCUACUUUUAUUAGCAGGGUUAAAGUGCCUUCCAUGUUUAUGUUGAAUGUAAAAUUUGCACUUUCAUGAAAGACGUAAUAGUGCUCUGAAUUGAAAGCUGUGAUAUAAAACUUAAAUAGGUUUUUGCGGCUAGCAAGUCAGAUUAAGAUUUUUUGAAUCUGUAUGUUUAAAGUUAAAAUUUAUUAUUUUAACUUCCAAAAUGUAAGCAAUAUUAAAUUAUAUUAAGUUCUCCAA